UCGUCUUUUGUGGAUAGCUCCAUGGUUACGUUUUCUACGUAAUCCCAUAUUCGUUUGUUGGGGCUGCGCCACUAGCGUAAUCAGUACCACUACGGAAGCAUGUUGAUUUACGCUGGUUACUUUGCUGUUUUCCCUUCGUUUCGCUUUACGUUACCGGAGACACUUGCAAAUUUAGAACGGCAGAUCUAUGCUUUUGAAGGGAGUUACUUGGAAGACACACAGAUGUAUGGUAACAUUAUCAGAGGUUGGGACCGUUACCUAACAAAUCAAAAAAACUCAAACAGUAAGAAUGAUAGGAGGAACAGAAAGUUCAAAGAAGCAGAACGACUUUUUAGCAAAUCUUCAGUCACAUCAGCGGCUGCUGUCAGUGCAUUGGCAGGUGUUCAAGAUCAGCUCAUUGAAAAACGGGAACCAGGCAGUGGAACAGAGAGCGACAACUCCCCAGAUUUCCAGAACCAAGAAAAUGAGCCUAGCCAAGAUGAUACAGAGGAUUUAGAUGGUUCCCUGUCUGGUGUUAAACCUCAAAAAGCAGCUUCUUCAGCCAAUUCUGGUGGCCAUCACAGCAGUCACAAGAAACGAAAGAAUAAAAAUAGGCACAGUCCAUCAGGCAUGUAUGAUUAUGACUUCGAGAUCGAUCUUAAAUUGAACAAAAAGCCUAGAUCUGACUAUUAAAGCGUAUUAAGAAUUCAUGUUCCAGCUGCAUUAAGGAUGCAUCCCCUACAGAAUCUUAACUUUCACAUCACAAGUUGUGCCUGCCGAUUUGAGACAACAAGGACUUUGUGCAGGGUUUUUUUUUUUUUUCUUUUUUUAGGAUGAAUUAGUUACCUACAUAAAACUUUGAAGCCUGAACAGACUGUGGCAGGCUUCAUUAAUUACAGUUCAAAAGUGGAAUCACCUAUGGCUAAAACACAAUGACAUUUCAGAAUUUGACAUGGUUUUCAUAAAAUAUUAAUGCAAAUUUACAGAAUGUUUUAGAUUAACUCCCACAAGCAGUACACUUUUUUCUUAAAAACCUCACAUUUGUUGCAUAUAAAAUUGUUAUAAGCUUGUCCUUCAAAACUGUCCAUGUUUUCUUUAUAUGGGGGCUAACUAUCCAACAGAUACCACAUGUGAUAUAUUUGUCCUAUAAAGAAUUCUGUAGGGCCCAUGGGCCAUUGAAAUCUCUUGGAGGGCCACAUCUGGCCCUGAGGCCUCAAGAUGGACAGUUCUGUACAUAAUUAUUUUCAUUUUCUUUGUGGCAAACGUUUAUUUUUGUUACACGUUGCCUGAUUUUUGCAGUGAUUUAAACAUCUUUCUUAGCGGAAGGUUUUUGUUAUAAUUAAAGAAAACUGUAAAUUUAAACUGUCCACAAUAUCAUGACGUGCAAAGACUUUUAAGAGCUAUUAUUCAUGAGGGCUGUUUUUAAAAGGCUAUGCUUUAAUGCCAUCAAAGUUGCAGAAAUGGUUGCGUUCAUAUAUGACAUAUUUGAUCAUUAGGGGGCAGUACUGCCACAUUCAUUUUUUCCAUGGGCCCAAUAUCAUUGAAUUCUACGAUCAUGGUUUUGUUUAGAGGACACACAGGGAUAUCUUUCUUAGCAUGUUUGCAUGUCCGUGUUGCUGUUUGGGCAUUUAAUCCUGCUUUUCAUCACAUGCAACACGCCGGUCUAUAUGAAAGGUCAGAGUUUUGACCACCUAAAUCAAGAGAGAUCUAAAGUCCUUCCUGCUGAGUGUUCCCCAGGAUUCUUGUGGCAAGUGGAGAGAAUACAGGAUAUUUAGUGCCGAAUUCUCCAAUAUUAAAAAUUGCUUGCCCAAAAUUGCCAUUUGUGCUAUUCUGUUUAAAGUCAAAUUAUUUUCUAGUGUGCCAUAUAUCUGUUUACCAACAGCCUUCCCCUUUUUUGCAAAUGGAUUACUGGUUUUUCUAAAAUAACAUUUCUUCUGUACGAUCUCGGUCUGUAUUCAAACCUCUUACCAGGCUGUGUGUCCAUUGUAUGCAAAAUGGAGACAGUUUUGACUAGAAUUAGACAGUGAAGGUAAAAAACGGGUGGUGAAAAUUAGAUACUGUAUUUUUUUUCCUCCCAUUGUCAAUACAACUUUAAUCCCAUGAAUU